GUUAUAUAAGUUUUUGAAAAAAUCAGGAUUUUUAAUUGAGCACGUCUAAUUAUUUGCCCACUGUGACUUUGCAUCGACACUCACAAGUUCAAACCCUUUGAACCAUGUCACCAGCCCGAGACUCAAUGGCUGGGCUUGCCAACCACAGCACUGUCUAUACACUUUCCCUUCUUUCUGAGUAUUCUCAUACGCUCGACUCUUUGCCUCUAGAUCUUUCCCGUAAUUUUGCAGACCUUCGUGAACUCGACGCUGUGCUUUCAUCGUCGAUGGCGUCCAUCACUCAGAAAAUCACGAUGCUCACGCAGAUGAUAGAAGAAGGCACUGGAAAGAAGGAAGAGCGCUUGUGGCUUUUGACGGAGAUUGCAGAAGAAGCUGCCCGUCUCAGGCCUGGCGGGGAAGACAAGAUUCGUGUUGCAUGCCAAGCAGCCGAUAAUCUCAGAAACCAUGCCAAUCAUCUAAAGGCUUUAGCUGAAAAUAUUCCGGAUUUCAAUCCUUCGACAUUGAACAGACACACAACAUAUCCCCAUGUUGCCGCCAAAUCGUUCAUGCCUCUCACCGCCUUCGAGACAACUCGUCGAAGGCGAGGUGGAUUUGGUUCUCUGCUAACCAGUGCAACAGAUCCGAGUCCAGCGAAAAGGAAACGACUUGUAAAAGAUGAUGAGCCAACUCCUCGAAAAGAUAAACCCAACGAUUCCAGAAAUCGUAAUCGGGCACGGGCUAGAAAGGUUGAACGUCAACCAUCUCCGGUAGAGUCUUUACUCUCCGUUGCAUCUCAUCAAAACGGAAUACUAUCCCGAAACAACUCUUCCACCAACAACAAACGCUCUCGAUCUUCCGUCCAACAUCGGGCCGGUAGCCCUUCCCGUGACGACCAUUACACAAACGGUGACCAACGCCAACCCAGUUCCAACGGUCGUCGAGAUUUCGACGUUCCCCCGUCUACUUCUCAUCCGUCUUUACCCCUUCCAUUUCACGUGAAUGGUAAUGGUUAUAACCAUUUGUCUGGUCCUGCUAGUGACUGGGCUCCGUCUCAUAAUCAACUGGAAGGCCCUGGAAUGCCUGUAGCCAGGCCGGUCCACUCUGGUACUUCCGCUUCCAUUAGCGCAGUCGAACAUAUGGUCGACCUCAACGAUGGUGAUGUGGAUGGUGAUGGAGAAGACAAACCGUAUUGUAUCUGCCAACGCGGUAGUUUCGGAGAAAUGAUUGCUUGUGAUGAACCGACCUGUGAAUUUGAAUGGUUCCACCUCAAUUGCAUCGGGCUCACCGUGGCCCCUGAAGGUGCUUGGAUCUGUGAUUCUUGUACGAGCAACCAAGUAGCCAAGAAGAACGGCAGACGAUCGGCUCGUGGUGGUAAACGCAAAGGUGGUGGUAAUCGUGCCGGUGGACGCGCCGCUUCGGGCGCUUGAUGCAUACUCUCUCUCGCAUUUACUCUUUUGCAUUUCCUCUUCUCUGCACAUUUGUUUAUUUUAUUCAUAGUCUAACAGUUUUAGGAGUAUCCCUUCACAUUUUGUAUCUAUCAUUUUGUUUCCCUGUUUUUGCUACUCCUUAUAAUGGUCAAAGAAAGUGGCGCAGCUUGUACAUCAUGGUUUUUUUCUCCACUCACCCAAAAUUAGUGUUUACACUAAGCUGUUAUCA